AUAAUUUUAAACGUCAUCCAUGAUAAGAAGAAUUUCGUUUCUGAAAAAUUUGGAGAAGACGAAUUUAAAAUGGAAUUUUCCAUUUUAUCGAUCACAACACACCGGUACCGUUGUCAGCCCCGAGAAAGACGGGGGGCUUUUGUCAGAUCAGGAGGUCUCGCCUGGGACUCUGGACUUUGACGAUGCCGUGAAAGCUUGCCGAUCUCAGACGACUUGGGAUCUUUUGCGAGCUCUUCUUAUUUUCAAAGUCUGUUCGUUUGAGAAAUUUGUCGAAAAUAAUUAUACGAUUUUGUCAUGGAGCCGUAGUCUAAUGGGCCGACCGCUAUUCAACACGAUAAUGCGUCCAACAAUCUAUAAACAAUUUGUGGGAGGCGAUGACGUCACAUCUUUCCAGGCAACUGUUAAUCGUCUGCAAGCUGCAGGAAUGGGGCCACUCGUCAUGGUGACACUGGAAGAAGACGUUAAAGACGACGGACCAGAUGCUGAUCAGCUUUUUGACAGAAAUUUGAAGAUAAUGGUCGACUGUAUGGAAGUGACAUCUUCUCUUGGAAGCCAGAAUCCAAUGAUGCAAAUCAAACCGUCUGGACUGUUCCCUCUUCAUCUCUGUAGAAUGGUUUCGAGUGAAGUUCCAUAUCCCAACAAGAAACCAGAAGUGGUAGAGAAAGUAGCGAACGCCAUGCAUACAUCCAAAGAGAUAACAGAGCUGGGAAACUUGUCAUCUGUCGAACUCACACAACUGAACAAAGCGUUACAGAGGGUGAAACAGAUUUGCAAGGUUGCCAUGGAGAAAAACGUGAUCAUAAUGGUGGAUGCAGAGUACACGUAUUUGAACCCGUGUCUAAAUUUAUUGGCUCUUGCCAUGAUGCUGAACAGUAACGGUUCCGCUCCACUUGUAUUUUAUACCCACCAAAAUUACCUCAAGGAAACUCCAGAUAUUCUGUCGAAAGACAUCGCAUUGGUACAGGCACAUGGUGUAUCCUUUGGUUCCAAACUUGUGCGCGGUGCUUACUUGUAUAAAGAAAGAUCGCUGGCGAAGGAGAAAGGCUACUCCGAUCCUGUUUGCGAAACUUUCGAGAAAACUACCGAAAAUUACAAUCGUUCUAUGGACAUUAUGUUGGAUAACAUUGCGAAGUAUCCUGGGAAAUUCAGCACGAUAAUUGCUUCGCACAACGAGGAUACCAUUAAAAGAGGAAUAUCCAAAUUGACUGAGCUUGGAAUUCCUCGAAGAGGCACAGAGCAAAAGGUUUUCUUUGGUCAACUUUAUGGAAUGUCUGAUUUCAUUUCACAAUCUCUAGGUCAGGCUGGCUACAUGAUUCACAAGUCCAUUCCUUAUGGCACCAUUGACGAAGCUCUUCCCUACCUGUCCAGACGAGUCAGUGAAAAUAGUUCCAUAUUUGGUGGAAUCAGACGAGAGCGCAAAAUCAUCCGCAAAGCCCUUGCUGACCGUUUACGUUUACAAAAAGUUUUUACUGAAUUUUCAACUUCAGCAAUGCUAAGUAGAAUUUCAGUGCUAAAAAAUCUCAAAGAAGGGAAUCUAAAGUGGUGCUUUCCAUUUUAUCGUCAUCAACACACUAUUGCGGAUCCUAAUAAGGACCAUGUACGUGUUCCAGAAAAUACUGCGCAACUUCUGGAGUUUGAAGAUGCUGUCAAAGCUUGCCAAUCGCAGACAAGCUUGGAACUUUUGAGAGCUCUUCUUAUUUUCAACGUUUGUUCGGUUGAGAAAUUUGUUAAAAACAAUUACAAGAUUCUCUCAUGGAGUCGUCGACUAAUGGGCAGACCAUUAUUCAAUAUGAUUAUGCGUCCUACCUUCUACAGACAAUUUGUGGGAGGUCAUGAUCUUACAUCCCUUCAAACGACGGUGGAUCGUCUGCAAGCUGCAGGAAUUGGACCAUUCGUCAUGGUGGCACUGGAGGAAGACGUUAAAGAUGACGGACCAGAUGCUGAUCAGAUAUUUGAAAAAAAUCUUAAGAUAAUGCUGGACUGUGUGGAAAUGACGUCAAAACUGGGGAGCCAGAAUCCAAUGAUCCACAUCAAAACGUCUGGAUUGUUCCCUCUUGAUUUUUGUAAAGCGAUUUCAGUGGAAAUUCCACGUCCAAAUGCCCAACAAAAUGUAGUGGAGAAAAUUGCGAACUCCAUGAACACCUCCAAUGAGAUAACAGAGCUGGGAAACCUGUCAUCUGUAAAACUCGAACAGUUGAACAAAGCGUUAUACAGAAUGAAACAGAUUUGUGAGGUUGCUAAGGGGAAAAACGUAAUAGUUAUGGUGGAUGCAGAGUACACUUACCUGAACCCGUGUCUAAAUUUAAUGACGCUGGCCAUGAUGCUGAACAGUAACGGUUCCGCUCCACUUGUAUUUUAUACCUACCAAAAUUACCUCAAGGAAACUCCAAAUAUUCUUGCAAAGGACAUCGCAUUAGUCCAAGCACAUGGCGUAUCCUUUGGUGCUAAACUUGUGCGUGGUGCUUAUUUGCAUAAAGAAAGGUCGCUGGCAAAGGAGAAAGGUUAUCCUGAUCCCGUUUGCGAAACAUUCGACAAAACGUCCGAGAAUUACAAUCGUUCCAUGGACAUUAUGUUGGAUAACAUCGCAGAGUAUCCUGGGAAAUUCAGCACGAUAAUUGCUUCGCACAACGAAGCCACUCUUAAGAGAGCAAUAUAUAGAAUGACAGACUUGGGAAUACCACGAAGAAGUACGGAACAGAAAGUUUUCUUUGGUCAGACUUAUGGAAUGUCCGACUUCGUAUCCCUGUCUUUGGGUCAGACUGGCUAUAUGAUCCACAAAUCAAUACCUUAUGGCACUGUUGAUGAAGUUCUUCCCUAUCUGUCCCGAAGGGUUAAUGAAAAUAGUUCCAUUUUCGGUGGAAUGAGACGAGAACGCAGUAUCAUCCGAAGAGCCCUUGCAGAUCGUGUUCUGUCAAAAACGUGAACUCAUAGUGAACAAAUCCGAAGGACACAUCGUGUGCUGUCACAAACUUAAACUCAUGGUGAUCACUCUAUUAGCAAUACUUUUAACUGCAUUUUUUACUUGAGAUUGAUCUAGAUAUGUAAUGAUUUGAUCAAUAAAGAAUUUUGCAUUGCUCUCCUAGGGAGUUCUUUCGUUUUAUAAACACGAAAACACAAA